GUCACAGCGGGAAUGUUUUUCGGUUGUCUUUUCAUUUUCACCUUAAGUAAGUAACUGGUUCCGCGCCAAACAUAAAAUGUGGCGCAAUUUAGCUCACCAAACUGAGUAUGAGUUAAAAUACGCCGCUUCUAAUCGAAUAAAGAUGUGACGUCGACCUACUGCGUAUAUUAGCGUUAGCGAGAGCCACUACUAGUAGUACAAGAAGAAGAAGAAGUAAUAUAAAAAAUUUGCAGACUUGGCCGAGUAAAGCUCCAAUCCAUCCUGUAAUGGCAGCUGCGCCAAGGACCCGCAAAAGGGUUCGAGCGAUUCCUCGUGCUUCUGAUGGGAGUGCCUUCCAAAAUUGCCAUGCGUGUGGCGUGUCAGUGGCGAUUGCUUUGGCAGAUAUGCAUGACUGUCAAACCACCCAGAAGGUGAAAAGGUUCAAAGGCAUAGGAGCGAACCCAAAUGUGAAAGAAGAGUUCUUCUGGGACCAACCCAGAUCGGCCUUUUGUUUUUUCAUGGAGGAGUUCAAGGAAAACAAUGAAAGUAAAGGUUCAAUUGAUUCAAUUGAGAUUGAUCGUAAAGGGUUUAAAACUUGGAAGAACAUGUCAAAGGAGGAGAGGCAACCAUACGUUCGUGAAGCUUGUUAUGUGGACUUUGUUCACGGGAAAGCUUUGCGUAAAGAAGCAUGUAUAAUGUCAAAGGGUGAUGCAUUCUAUGAAAGCUCUAAACACUCUGAUGAUUCUGAUGGUUGGCAUACUUAUAAGAGUGAAGAUGCGAAAGAUCAGGCAGCAGCUGAGUCGUCUGAGCCUGAUUGUUGGGAAGAUUGUUCAGGUUCAGGAUGGCACACUUGUGUGGUACUUUGCAUCGAUUAAUAUCUAUAAUAUAACUCUACAAAGCCAAUUUCUUUUACUGUUUAGUCUUUCUACUAUGAGUUGGCUGGUAUCAUUUGUUUUUAUUUAUUGUGCUUUUCAUUUGAUGAAACAGCCAACUGAAGAAUGAUCUAUUGACUCUCCCAUUCAAGUUUGAAGAACUUAUCUGAGGUUUCACUUUUGUUAGAAAGAUUUGGGUGAUGGGGCCAUAUCAAUUUGUGAAGAUGGGAAAUUGAGAUGGUGAUAGAAGGAACUUUAGCCAUCACCUAUUUUAUUCUCAAAAGGCAAGUCUUUUGGCUAUUGUACAGUAAGAGUAGGAGUUUGGAUUCUAAGAAUAGAUAGUUUGUUUCCUUUGUAGUGUCAUGAAAUGUAAUUAAUGUCCUUUAAAUUGCUAAAAAUGUUGAACAUGUUGUAAGGUUGACUUCUUAAUGUGGAAAUUUGUAUAGUUUAUGACAUUCCUCAAGUGUUUUGCCAAA